AUGGCGACUUUGGAAGAUGUUGGGGAUAAGAGUGUGGGUAAAGUUUCUGAUUUUGAAAAGGUUAGAGAUGGGACUUCUGCUGUUGACGAUGUUGUUGAGACUGAAAAAGAGUCUAAAUUCGAUGGCAGUCAUUGUUUUGUUGAUACAGAGAAAGUGAAAAAUGGUGUUCUGGGCUUUGCCGAGGAUCCGGGCACAAAUUCUGGUGCUAAAAUGAAUGAUACUUUUGGGGGUGGUGAAAAAAAGGGUGAGUUUGUUGUUACGGGUUCUCCAAUUAAUGCGAAUGGUGUUGGGAAUGAUGAUGAAAAACAGAUAAAAAGUGAAGAAAAAUGUUUAGAAGCUAUUGUGGAUGCCAACGGUCAAAAACAGGGGACUAAUAAUGGCGAGAAAAGGGAGGAUUUGGACAGUACAUUUCGUGUUGGUGAUUUUGUCUGGGGUAAAAUCAAGAGCCAUCCAUGGUGGCCCGGUCAGAUUUACGACCCGCAAGAUGCUUCGGAAUUUGCGGUCAAACACAGCCAAGAGGGCCGUCUAUUGGUGGCUUACUUCGGGGAUGGCUCUUGUUCCUGGUGCCUGCCUUCCCAACUCGUGCCUUUUGUGGAGAAUUUCAAUCGGUUUUCGACCGAAAGCUCCACAAAGAGCUUCCAAAAUGCAUUACAUUGCGCUGUAAAUGAUGUGGGAAGGGUCGUCGAGCAAAGCAUGACUUGCAAGUGUGUGCCUCCGGUUAAAAUCGAUGGGCUAGCCCGACAGUUAGUGUCUAAUGCUGGGGUUAGAGAAGGAGUUGUUGUGCCGGAAGUUGACAUUGGGCGAAUUAAUGUCCCCAAAUACGAGCCCGCUCAAAUUCUUGAAAAAAUGACGAGUUAUGGAAAAUCGAAUUCAUUCGACUCGUUGUUGGAUCUUGCGCUCGUGAAAAGUUGGUUAUCCGCGUUUUAUCAUGCGAAGGGUGGUCACAAGUUGCCGAUGUACCGUGAGCCCGUUUACAUUGAAGGUCUCGAGGAUAAGAACGAACCCACGAAGGAAGCUGCAUCUUCUGAAGAUUUUAGUGUCCCGAUUGAGGUCCCUAUUCUGGGCCCACGUGAGGAUUACUGGCUGUCCUCUCCUGAGGUUAAUAAGUCUCAGGCCUCUGCGGAUGAUAAGAUUUAUCAUAGGAGGAAGCAGAAGAGUGUUGCGGAGCUUUUGGGAGAGAAUAACGGAGCGGGAUCUAAAAGUCAUGAGAGAGUUAAAGUGAAAGCAGAAAAGGAUGUAGGGAAAAAAGCGGAGUUGGGAAAAGGGAGGGCAGGUAAAAAGAGGAAGGUGGAGGAUUUGGGUGGAGAUAAAACUGAAAAUAAUGAAGUGAAAAAGGGUCCUUCAUCUGGAAAACCAAAGGAAAUCGAAGUUGGUGUUGGUGGUGAAGAUAUUUCUGGUGAUGAAUUAGAAAAGAUAAUAUCUUCACCAAGGGAAAGGAAAAGGAGCAAGUAUCUGUCUCCUCCUUACACUGAUCCUAGCUUCAGUCUUUCAAGUUUCGGCUCUAAGUCGAAAUCGGAAUCUGGUAAAUCUUCCAAAUUAGUUGAUGAAGCAUCUGAUGAAGAACUGCCUAUUGCUCAGUUGAAAGACCUUGAACCGAGUGCCCAGACAGUGAAGGGUGAAAAAAAAUGGAGCCUUGCAGCUUCCCAUGUUGAUCUGCAAGUCGAUGAGUUGCUGUCUGAAGUCCAGUUUGCUGCUGUUGAUCCUUUGUACCUGAGCAAGAAGGGUUCUCUCGAUCCAGUCUGUGCAUUUAUGUCUGCGGUUAGAAAAUCAACUUACCUGCAAGGUUCAGAUCAUGAAGUUUUUCAUAAAUCCAAAACCGGGGGAAAGAAGAGAAAAUCAUUUAAAGAACAAGAAAAUGAAAUAGCUCCAAAAAAGGCAAAAUCGGCUGACAACACGAAAAUGCCCAAACCAGUAAAAAUGCAUGAAGGUAAAAAGUCAGAUAAACCUAAGGUCAACAAAUCCUCAGAUUUCUCUCGUGCGAAAAACAGUGUAGAGAUGAACUCUGAAGGAAGUGCAUCUACUUGCCUGAUUGUGACGUUUUCGCCCGGAUUUCCCCUGCCUUCGAAGGAAGAAAUCCUGGAGCUUUUUGGUAAAUUCGGUAGCCUUAACGAAAAUGAAACUGAUGUGUUGACCGAGUCUCAAGCGGUCCGUAUUGUAUACACAAACGAAUCUGAUGCCGAAAAAGCUUUUACAUCGUCCGUUAAGGAAAGCCCUUUCGGCAUUGACAAUGUCAAUUACUGGUUGCAGCAUUCUUCGGCUGCCUCGAAAUCCGGGCCAUUGAUUUUCCCCCGGACUUCUGAUAAGUCGGGUUCUUCUCAACAGGUGGAUGAUUUUAUGAUGGACUUUAGGGCUGUCGGGCAAAAGCUCGAGAUAAUGACUGCUAUUCUUGAAAACUACCACCCCAAAUUUUCAUGCGAGGAAAAAUCUGGCUUGAAGGACGACAUAAAGCAGCUGAUGGAGAAUGUGGAGGCGAUGAGUGAUAAGGUACGAGUCAUGGCUGAGAAUACUACUUCUUGA